AGCCAAUGAGUGGACUAGAUUUCGUCUACUCGUUGGCUCGGCCGCCUCGCGUCAGCGAAGCCCGCCUUUCAUUGCUUAAUGUUUUUCGUUAAUAAUUCCAAAAUAAAGCCGCGGAUUGCGUUUUCAUUUUCAUAUUGACAGGAAUGGCGUGGUAAAUUCGAAUUUCAUAAAAUCUUAUCUCACAUUAAAUUGAACACAUUGUUAUCAAGAUAUCACGGAAAAAUGAAGUUUUAAAAUUUUACGAAACAAUUUUAAAAAAGAUUAUGUACAUUUUUAUAUUUAUACGUAGAAUACGCAAAUAUACGUAGAAAAGUAUUAGGGAUAGUCCAUUUCCGGAUUGAGAGAUAUUGUUUAGACACCCUGUAUAUGUGCACAUUAAAGUAAAUGUAGAAAAAUUGUAAAUCUAUCGGAUUAAACAAAACUUGAACAUACAAUAUGUAUGUCUUAAAUAUGAUAAAUCUUCUAAUUUAAAAGCAGUUUUUAAUUAUAUGUCUUAACCUAAAUGGUAAACCAAAAAAACAUAACCAAAAAAAUGCUAAAUGAUAAGUGCAAUCAAAAUAAUACAGAAAUUAAUACUACAAAUAGUAGUGUUCAUAAGCUGAAUGCAGAUUGCCUAAUGCUCAUAUUUCUUUACUUGCCAAUUAUAGAUAGAAUUAGAAUAGAAAGAGUAUGCAAACAAUGGAAGGAAGCAAGUCAAAAAGCAUGGCACAAUAUCAAAAAUUUAGAUCUACAAAAUUAUAGCUGGGGCUUUGCAUCUGAAACCAGUAUAAAGCAAAUCAAUACGAUUAUUCUUCAAAAAGUACUUUCACGAUGUGGCAAAUUUUUGAAAGAGAUACAUUUAGCAAAAAUAUUUUGCGAAGGCAAAGAAAGUGCUUUAUCUAUUAUUGGCAACUUAUGUCCUAAUUUACAGGUCAUUAAUGUCAGUUGCUUACAAAUGUCUUUAACAGGCAUCGAAUCAUUAACAAAUAAUUGUCAUAACAUAAGAAAGCUCACUUUAGAUUGUAUAUAUCUUUUUGAUACAGAUUUGGAAAAAUUAUUUAAAGCAAAUCAAAAGUUACAGUAUCUCAAAUUAGUUGAUAAUAAAAUAUCUGGCAAGUGCUUAUUAUAUUUAUCAUCAGGAUGUCAUUGUAGAAGCAAUUAAAAAACUAAGGAACUUAAAGAUUAUAAUAAUUAAAGAUUGCUUUGACAUUUGGAAAAAGACCACUGAAGCUAUUAGUAAAUAUUGUACAAAUUUAAAAACAUUGGAAAUCAUUGGUAAACCAAGCAUGUUGCAAUAUAAUGGUAUAUCACAUAUAUCUUCAAUAAAUAAUCUUACAAAUCUGAAAAUAAGUACAAAUUGGUUUAUUGGCAAUUCGAUUCUUCGUAAACUAAGCUUGAAUUGUCAACAGCUUAGUUAUCUAGAUCUUAGUGAUAUUUCAGGACAUUUUAUUAGAGAUUAUACCUUGCAAGCUAUUGAAAAUUUUGUAAAUCUAGAAGUAUUAAUUACACGUGAUUUGUACCAAGUAACGAGUAAUGGUCUAUCAUACGUAUGCAAUCUAAAACAAUUAACAUGUCAGGAAUGCAAUUUUUUUGAUGUGACAAUAUCUAAUCUUCUUCAUCAUUCAUCACAAAUGGAAGUAUUAGACUUAUCUGGAUGUUACAAUAUAACAAACACUACAUUAAGAAAUGCAGUAGCAGCAACAAACUGUAGAACUAACAAUAUCAUUCUAAAUCUGUGUAUUGGAGGAACUGCAGUGGAUCCUGAAGCAUUUAAAGAUGAAUCUCCGUUUUUAAGAAUCAUUAAUAAAGAUUUGCGUUACAAACAAAUAUUUCCUUUACAUCCAAGAUCACUCAUUGUAUAAAGAUAGAUAUUUCUCAUCAUAUAAAUACACAAUUUACUGUAAUUUUAGAAAAUAAUUUAAAUAUAUUCAGUGUUAAUUCCUUAUCA